AUGAUUUUUGCCGAGGACGUGAGGGCGGUCCUUUGGGUGUGUCUUAUCGCAAAGACCAACGUGUGGAUGUGCAUUCCCCAGUUCAUCAUGCUCACCAAAGAUGGUUUCCCUCAUCUCCAUUGCCACGUCCACUCCGCAAUCCCAGGACCUCUGAGACUUCAGCAGAAGAUCAUACCUGUGAGGUGUUCUGUCAAACUGGCACUCCACCACGUCACAUUUCCUACCCAUCAUCACCAUCCCAACGUCUCCACCUUCCUCCCCGUGAACGAAAUCACGUUCAUCAUCGGCUCGUUCCUUUCCGGUAUACCCACUGUUUUUCAACGUUCAGCUCCUUUUCGGGAUGUACAACCCUCAAGUGGGACUCGUUAUCUUUGA